AUGGACGACACGCAAAUCACAAAGCUCACGAAGCUCACGAAGCUUUCUGGAGCUGCUAGAGCCACCGAAAUCAUUGGAAAUGUAGGAGUUACUGGGGCCAUCGGAGCUACUAGGGCUACUGGAGAUGUAGAAGCUUCAGGACUUAUACAGGCCAAAAAGGCUACAGAAGGAAAAGGAAAAGAAGUGAAAGAGAAGGAUCUUUGUCCUCCCGGACCUGGGUUUCAAGCCAUCAUUCUCUGUGGGCCUGGGACCUCCCUCUAUCCAUUUACUGGCGUUGAGGAGUUGCUUCCCAAAGCACUUAUUCCUAUUGCGAAUAAGCCAAUGAUUCAGUACCCUCUCGAAUGGUGUCAAAAAGCCAGAUUUGAAUCAAUCUUGGUCCUUACCCUUACUGAGCAUCUUAUCGCAAUCCAAGCAUAUCUUAAGUCCCAAAUGUUCCCCUUCAAUAUUCAAAUUGAGGCCCCAUCGGCUCUGGAAGAAAACUUGGGGACUGCAGAUGUUUUAAGAAGAGCUUAUAGGGAAGGAUGGAUAAAGGGAGAUAUUGUAGUAUUGCCUUGUGACCUUAUAACCGACUUAGACCCCAACGAGCUUGUGAAGAUAUGGAUGGUUGAGAAUGCUGGCUUCGAUUGUGAUAUGGGCAAAAGAAACAUAGAUUAUGCCAACUGCCGCGAAGAUGAUGAAAGGAGGGGCGGCUUGGGUAUCUGGUAUGAUGCCAGGGGAGAGGGUCAGAUAAAGGGACAAGAAACCGAUUUCUUGGCCCUGGCCCCGCAUCGUGAGCCAAGUGUGGGAUCCACUCCCGAAUCUCAAUUCCCUGGUGUGCUCAAAUCACUUUUAUUUAACCUCCCUGGCCAGGAGGUUAUGAACAAGGAAGAGCGCCCAUUCCGCAAAUCCCUUCUCAGAAAGUUCCCGAAUAUCCAGAUCAACCAGACUGUCCGUGACAGUGGUAUUUACUUUCUCCCUUUCUGGGUUCUCAGGUUCAUUGAUAAAAACUCUAAAAUGAACUCAAUCCGCGAGGACGUUCUUCCAUGGUGGUCUAAAGCUCGCUGGCAGAACAGGCGGCUUGCUGAAAAACUGGGGCUCCUUGAAAUCCUUUCUGAUGGUGGAGAUACUUUUGAGCAGAGACUCAACCUCGCGGAGAUGAGUUCUUCCAGGAAGCGAGAUAUUACACAAUGGACCCAGCAAGACGUAACUGUGCAACGGGUAUACUCGUCAUUAGAUUUGGAGGUGUUGGAGAAACUAAAGAGAGGAAUUGCGGUGUCUAAAAAAUCAGCGAUGCCAGAAUCAUCCGCAAAUAUUCCACCACGUCCACCUCCGCCCCCUCCUCCUCCACCUCCGCCUCCCCCAGGCGGUACCAAAAUUCCACCAGUAAUUGUAUAUCUUCCAGGAAGCUCGGGGCAUUUCACACGCCGCGUAGACACAGUUCAUUUAUAUCACUCCAUGUGUCUCUACAUAGCAAGUUCUGCUUUCAAAUCUGACCAAAUCAAGAUUAAUCCGUCUGCCUCAAUCGACCGAACGGCUACGAUUAACGGAUCAGAUUGCUUAAUAGCAGCCAAGGUUUCUAUCGCCGGGGAGGCGUUUAUCCAAUGUUCUGUCUUGGGGUUCGGUGUUUCUAUCGGUAGGGGUGCAAUGGUUAUAGGGUCUGUACUCAUGGAUGGGGCGUCAGUAGCUGAGGGUGCUAGUGUUGAGAGAUGCAUUUUGGGGAAGAAUGUCAUCAUUGGAGCUGAUGCGAAACUAAAAAAUUGCAAGGUUGCUCCAGGUUUGUUUGUUGAGCCUGGAAAUCAAGCUGUUGGCGAGAUUAUGACGGCCUUUGACGGGAUGAACAAUGACAACAUCCGUACCCAAUAUGGAUCGAACCCCGAUAAUAACUUUCAGUUCAGUAGUGAAGACCAAGGUAAUCAAGAACAGUCCAAAUGGGAUGGACCCUUCAGCGGCAAUGAACCAGCACAGAAGGCGGUGCAAGGGGAAGCCAGGACACACAAUUUUGCCGAAGACCAUGAGAACAGCGAGGAUAUUGGGAGCCAUGAGGAUAUCAAAGACAGUGAUGAUAUCCAGGUUUCCGCGGAUCUUGAGGGUCUUGAGGGUCUUGAGGAUACCGAAGAUUACGAGAAUAUCAAAGGCCACAAGAAGAAAAAUGCAGAUCAAAAGGUCGACAAGAAUCUAGAAAACAAUGGAAACCACAGUGACAAAGCUGAAGUCAUUAACAACACACCGGAGGAAGUUAACUCUGUGGAAAACAAUGAUAGGGUUCAGGGGCAUCUUGGUGAUCUAAAGACACUAGAGAUUCAAAUCGAGCAGCAAAUUGACGGAAAAAACACAAUACCCGAAUUUGGUCACAAAAUCGAUAAGGAAAGCCAUCUAAAGAAUAAUCAGGAGCCCCGUCCAUUACCCGAGGCUCGCCUUGUGAGGCGCGAUAGCAGUGAAACGGAAGCAUUGUACAAAGAGGCAGCCACCAAGCAGGAUAUCGUAAACGCCUUUUCUUCCUCUCCUAAAGUUGAUCAGAGCAACCUUGCUUCGACACAGGCCGCAUCCAAAGUGGUUUCUCCUACUCCAACACCGUCAACAUCGAAAAAGACUUCGGGAUUGGGGUGGAGUACCUGGGGGCUUAGUAUUAUCACUCUUGGGAUUUGUUUUGCCUUUUUCGCCGCCAUUUGUACUGUUGUCGAGAGAAGGGGUCAUUUUCUAGGCUAG